CACGGACACACGAACCACUACUACAUGGUGUCAGGACCCAGAGUCACUCUGCAGGCUGUCUGUGCAGCGAACUCCUAGUCGAUGGCUAGUUAUCCUAUAGUUACCCAAAGUUAGCUGACCUUCAUAAUAAAAUAGAAUAGAUUAUAGUACUAUCCUUUAUUGUUACUAUACACAUGUACAGUUAAACUGGGAUUGGCUUUCCCCUCAGAUGUCUAAGACGGAGCAGGUUGGUCUCGACGUCGAGGAGUAUUUCCAGGAGCGAGGGCCGACUGUCACCUUCAGCAACUUGCGCUAUAGUGUUCAGGAGAGGAGGCUCUGCCGCAAGAGAGGUCCUGAAAAGUACAUCCUCAAAGAUGUGAGUGGCAUCAUGAGGCCUGGGAUGAACGCCAUCAUGGGCGCCACUGGAAGCGGUAAAACAUCCCUCCUGGACGUCAUCGCUGGCAGAAAAGACCCCGCGGGACUGCAGCACGGAAAAGUCCUGGUGGAUGGCAGAGCCGUCACGUCUGAGCUCAGGCUCAGCUCUGCCUAUGUGGUUCAGGACGAUAUCCUGAUGGGCACUCUGUCUGUGAGGGAGAAUCUUCUGUUCAGUGCCAACCUGCGUCUCAACCCCAAGCAUCACUCCUCGGCAGAUAAAAACAGCAGAGUCAACACCAUCAUACAGGACCUGGGCCUUACCGACUGCGCAGACACUAAGAUAGGGACGGAGUUUCUGCGUGGCGUGUCCGGAGGGGAGAGGAAGAGGUGCAGCAUCGGGAUGGAGCUCAUCACCUCUCCUUCUCUGCUGUUUCUGGACGAACCCACCACCGGUCUGGACUCAAACACGGCGAACUGCAUCGUCAGUCUGCUGCACAAGCUGUCCAGAAGAGGUAAGACUGUGAUCUUCUCCAUCCACCAGCCACGCUACUCCAUCUUCAGGCAGUUUGACCAUCUGACCCUGAUGCACAAAGGGGAGGUGGUGUACGCAGGAGCGGCACACCAUGCGCUCGAGUACUUCACAAACCUCGGCUACCAAAUUGAGCCCUUCGACAACCCUGCUGAUUUCUUCAUGGACAUCACUAAUGGAGAGGCCAAAUUGACAUUAGAAGCUCCCACUCCAGUAGAAAGUAAAAGCACAUUGGCGACCAUGUACUACCAGUCCCAUCUGCACAAGAAGGUGCUGGAGGAGCUGGAACAUGUGGACCAAAGCGUCGCUGAAGGGGCUGAGGGUCAAGACAAGCCGGCAGAGUACGCCACAUCUUUCCUCUAUCAGAUGCGUGUGGUGUGCGGCAGGACAGUGCUGAACACUCUCAGGAACCCUCAGACCUCUUACGCCCAGAUGGCUCUCAACAUCUUUUUUGCCAUUCUGGUGGGACUCAUUUAUUACCAAAUGCCUCUCACGCUGACGGAGGGUUUACAGAACAGGAGUGGAGCGUUCUUCUUCCUUAUCAUCAACAUGGUGUUUGGGAAUCUCUCCGCUGUCGAACUCUUUAUCAACGAGAGGGCGAUCUUCAUUCACGAGAACUCGAGCGGCUAUUACCGAACAUCUGUCUACUUCUUGUCGAAGAUCUUUGGUGACCUCGUCCCCAACCGCAUCAUCCCCAUCUUUGUAUUUUCAGCCAUCGCCUACUACAUGAUGGGGUUGAAGCCCGCCUUCACAGCGUUCCUGUGUUUCGCCCUGACCAUGUCUCUGGUCAGCCUGGCCGGAGUCGGUCUGGCCUUCCUCGUCUCGGCGAGUGUGUCUUCAUUUGCCAUGGCUAACAUUCUCAUCGCCCUGCCCUUUGUCUUCAUGAUGGUCUUUGGUGGUUUUCUCGUUGAUCUCAAUGGCAUGCUGAACUGGCUCUCCUGGCUGAAGUGGAUCAGCAUCUUCAGAUAUGGAUUGAACGCUGCAUACAUCAACGAGCUGACGGGACAGCUCUUCUCCGGCAACAACACUGUUAUCCCAGGGGAGGUGUUCCUGCAGUCCCAGGACAUCGACUACUCCACGUGGGGCUUCUGGCAGAACCAGGUGGCUCUGCUGGGAAUCAUAAUGGUCUGCAUGAUCCUGGCCUACAUACAGCUGCGACGAGUAAACCGCUGGAAAUGAUGCCCGGGGCCAUCUGUUCAUGUGUCUUUAUCUUAUUUAUUUAACAAGCAAAAAAAACCAAAACAAACAACCACAAUAAUUCAAAGUUGCUCUGUCCUAUUCUACACGUGUGCUUCCUAAUGUGUUAACUUAAAUUGUUAUUUAGCAUCACAAUAGUUGUUGAACAUUACACGUGGAAUCUCUCUCUCACUCACUUACGUGGUCACACAUAAACAAACACACACACACACACACACACACACACACACACACACACGUGUCGUAACAUUUGACUCCCAGGCGGAUAAGCUGCCGCUAAAGCACACUCGGUCUGUGCACGAGGGAAAGAAAGGCAACAGCCGAGCCAACGUCUAAAUCCUCAUAAAGCUACUUAGAGCGAGAGGGAGACAACAACAAUAGUCGGCACAUAAAGGUGUUUCCCUUUUUUUCCCACGGCGGAAUGUACCUUUUUUGUUCUGAUGAAAUGCAAUGUAAAGUAUGGGUGUUAACUCAAGCUGAAAUGUGAUAAGAGAAAAAGAAAGAGUCAAAGGUGACGUAAAAGCUUUCAAAAAUGUUCUCCCAACAAUUUUAUUUUACUCACCUUAAGGAAAAUCAUCUGACACCAUUCUGUCUGACAGUAACACGUACACUAUAUCCUAUUGACUGGAGAAUUAUUAUGUUUAUAUCGAGUGAAAUAUUCAAGACUCUUGUAGCUGCAGUAUGUUUUGUGUAUCAUUUUACACAAAUCCCCCUCCCCAGUCAUGAUAUUUAAAUCUUUGGAAAUUAAAUUAAAGUUUUAUGAAGGCUGACAAUCUCAAGACUCAAAGCCAUCCAAAGACCCAGAUUGAGUCUGUUAGAGGUGCUCUUUGUACAGGGAAACAUAUAGGUGUAAAAAAAAUCACAAGAGAAACUUAAAGGCACCAUCAAAGCUAUUAGAAAGCCUUCGUUGUCACAGCUUCAUGCCAAAAAGCAAAGUUUAUUUUUAUGCUGAGGCAAUGAAGGCAUUUUAAUAGUUCAGUGCUUUAGAAUUUGUCAUAUGAUUUAAUGAAGUUUGUUGCCUUUAAACAUGUGCUCCUGUAACCUUCACACUGUAUUCACGAAGCUCUGUUUUGAAUGAUGUUGCGUAGCACAAGUUUGAAAUUAUUGUCACAAGUUUUAUCGGUGGCCAAUUUUAGAAUUGUAAUAAAGUGUUAUUUUUGA